GCGAUGGAUGAGGACAACAUGACGAGGAGCGAGGAGCAGCAGCUGAGUCUGCAGAAGGCGCUGCAGCAGUGCGAGCUGGUCCAGAACAUGAUCGACAUCAGCAUCUCCAACCUGGAGGGGCUCCGCACCAAGUGCGCCGCCUCCAACGACCUCACGCAGAAGGAGAUCCGCACCCUGGAGAGCAAGCUGGUCAAGUACUUCAGCCGGCAACUGUCCUGCAAGAGGAAGGUGGCCUUGCAGGAGCGCAAUGCCAAGCUGGAGGGCUUCCCACAGCUCCUGCACUGGUUCCGCAUUGUUGACAUCCGCAAGGAGGUGAUGGAGGAGAUUGCCCCCGGGCAGCUGAGCUUGGAGGAGCUGCUGGACAUGACCGACGAUCAGGUCUGUGCGACUGUGGAGAAGUUUGGAGCCAACAGCGAGGAGUGUGCCCGUCUGAACGCCUCCCUCUCCUGCCUGCGCAGCGUCCACAAGUCUGGUGGCAGCCUCUCCAAGCAGGAUUGGACCAUCCAGUGGCCGACAACGGAGCCAGGGAAGGAGAACAGCCCCGGUUGCCAGCCGGAGCCGGGGCAAUGGGGCAGGACGCACCUCUCGCCGAGCCCCAAGGUCCAACCCAAGUGUGGGCAGCAUCACUGCCAUGCGGGCUCUCCCCACGGACCCAUGUACACCCACGUGGACCGGCUGACUGUGGAAGGUCACCCAGGGCUGUGCCCACCCCUGGAGUCCGGCCACCGCUCUCUGCCGCCCUCCCCACGCCAGCGACACGCUGCUCACACCCCUCCACGUACCCCCAACAUCGUGACAAUGAUGACACCACCAGGCACGCCACCGGUCCGACGGAGGAAUAAACUGAAGCCUCCUGGGACGCCUCCACCCUCGUCACGCAAACUGAUCCAUCUCAUCCCUGGCUUCACCGUGCUUCACCGGAGCAAGUCCCACGAGUUCCAGCUGGGGCAUCGCGUGGACGAGGCACACACCCCCAAAGUCAAGAAGAAGAACAAGCCCUUGAACCUCAAGAUCAACAACACUGUGGGAAGCUGUGAGAACAUCCCUGCACAGCGUUCCCCCCUCCUCUCCGAGCGUUCCCUGCGCUCCUUCUUUGUGGGGUAUCCACCUUUCCUUCCUUCCACCCCUCCCGUCCACACCGAAGCCACCUUCUCAGCAAAUACGCUGUCAGUGCCUCGCUGGUCCCCGCAGAUCCCCCGUCGAGAUCUAGGAAACUCGAUAAAACACAGGUUUUCCACCAAGUACUGGAUGUCUCAGACCUGCACCGUCUGCGGGAAGGGAAUGUUGUUCGGCUUAAAAUGCAAAAACUGCAAGCUCAAGUGCCACAACAAAUGCACCAAAGAGGCCCCUCCGUGUCACCUGCUGAUCAUCCACCGCGGAGGGAGACGAACCGUUCGGGGCGAGGCAGAUUUGCAUUGCAAACCACUUCCACCCACCCUUCCCCUGCCUCCUUUUCUUUUCAGAUUCCCCACCGCACGGGCAAGGUUAGUCCGGACAGAGUCGGUGCCCUGCGAUAUCAACAACCCUUUGCGGAAACCCCCCAGGUAUUCAGACUUGCACAUCAGCCAGACACUCCCCAAAACCAACAAACUCAACAAGGACCACAUCCCGGUGCCCUACCAGCCAGACUCCAGCAGCAACCCCUCCUCCACCACCUCUUCCACACCCUCCUCGCCGGCUCCACCGCUGCCACCCAGCGCGACACCCCCGUCCCCCCUGCACCCCUCGCCGCAGUGCCCGCGCCAGCAGAAGCAGCUCAACUUGCCAGGUACCGUGAGCUGCCCACCUCCACACCUGCCUGAUGCACGAGCCCUGGGGUGUCCUCAGGCUUCCCAUUACUACAAGUACAAGCAGCAGUUCAUUUUCCCGGACGUGGUGCCUGAGACGCCGACACGAGCCCCGCAGGUGAUCCUCCACCCUGUCAACUCCAACCCCAUCCUGGAAGGAAACCCGCUGCUUCAAAUUGAAGUGGAGCCCACCUCAGAGAAUGAAGAAGGCACUGAGGAAGUACAGGAGUCCGAGGAUGACUUUGAAGAGAUGAACCUCUCGCUCCUCUCCGCGCGCAAUUUUCCCCGCAAGGCCAGCCAGACCAGCAUCUUCCUCCAGGAAUGGGACAUCCCCUUCGAGCAGCUGGAGAUCGGCGAGCUCAUCGGCAAGGGCCGCUUCGGGCAGGUCUUUCACGGGCGCUGGCACGGCGAGGUGGCCAUCCGCCUCAUCGACAUCGAGCGCGACAACGAGGACCAGCUGAAGGCCUUCAAGAGGGAGGUGAUGGCUUACCGGCAGACCCGGCAUGAGAACGUGGUGCUCUUCAUGGGAGCUUGUAUGAGCCCUCCCCACCUCGCCAUCAUCACCAGCCUGUGUAAAGGACGGACUCUCUACUCGGUGGUGAGAGAUGCCAAAAUCGUCCUGGAUGUCAACAAGACGAGGCAGAUAGCGCAAGAAAUUGUGAAGGGAAUGGGCUACCUGCACGCCAAAGGGAUCCUUCACAAGGACCUCAAGUCAAAAAAUGUUUUCUAUGACAACGGGAAGGUGGUGAUCACAGACUUUGGCCUCUUCAGCAUCUCGGGAGUUCUCCAAGCGGGCAGGCGGGAGAACAAGCUGCGGAUCCAGAACGGCUGGUUGUGCCAUCUUGCCCCCGAGAUCAUCCGCCAGCUCUCGCCGGACACUGAGGAGGACAAGCUGCCCUUCUCCAAGCACUCGGAUGUCUUUGCACUGGGCACCAUCUGGUACGAGCUGCACGCACGGGAAUGGCCCUUCAAGACGCAGCCAGCAGAGGCGAUAAUCUGGCAGGUGGGAAGUGGGAUGAAGCCCAACCUCAGCCAGAUCGGGAUGGGCAAGGAGAUCUCGGACAUCCUCCUCUUCUGCUGGGCCUAUGAGCAAGAGGAGAGACCUACCUUCACCAAGCUCAUGGAUAUGCUGGAGAAACUGCCAAAGCGCAACCGUCGCCUUUCCCACCCUGGGCACUUCUGGAAGUCAGCAGAGCUGUGACAGGAGGAGUUAAGGGACGGUGCCUUCCUCCCCCCAGCAGUUCUCCUCUUCCUUCCAACUUCCCACCCUGUGCUACGGAGGAGCAGUGGACGCCGUGAGCAGACAGCAGGACGGGAAUGAGCCUCUUCCCCUGCAGCAUCUCACCCUGGGAAGCCUCUCUGGAGGAGCUGAGCUGGCGGCCGAGCCUCAGAGAGCCCUCGGGACACCCAGCUGUGGUGGGAUGGGGAUGGUGGGUGGCUCUGAAUGCACGUGAGGUCAAGUCUUGAGUGUGUUCCCCACCGAGCAGGGGCAACCCAUGAGGCAGACGGCUUCAAUUUCACCCGAGGGCUCCUCUGGUCCUGGUCAGCGUGGUCAGUGCUCAUGAUGCUCAGCUGGGGACAGGUUGCUUUGUUCUUGAUGGGUUUAUUUAAUUUCCUUCAUUUUUUCUUACUGAAAAAAAAAGGGGGAAAUGUUGCUGAUUCAUAAGUUUAGCAACUGGAGCCUGCCGGGGCCAGCGAGUGCCGCUGCUAUUAGCUGCCCCCCACAGGGAAAUGCAUCUGCAGAGCCAGAGCUGGAGGAGUCCUGCUCCCCGGCACCUCAGCAGCCCUGUAAUGGGCUGUGGUGACCUUUCAGAAGUGGCUUCUCUACCUCCCGGCCAUGCCCACUUAUGCUCCCUCCCCCAGGUCUCCCUAUCGGCAGGGUGCAUCUUCACAUUCCUGUUAAUUUAGCUGUUUGCCUUCGCAUGUAUCUAAUCAGUGAGCCUUUCCCUCUCACCCUCCUCAGCGCUGCUUUGCUUUUGGCUUUGACCUUCGCUCCUGAAGUCACUGCCAAAGCCUUGGGGUUGGGGAUGCUGUGGAGCUGAGCAGAGCGGGAUCGACUAUGGUUGGGACCUUUCCCCUCUCCCAUUGCCUCCCCUGAGCUCAUGGCCGGAGGGAUGCGGAUGGACUCUGGUUGUACAGAGUAAGCAUCUCCCUUCCCAGCCCCCCCAUGGAAGCUAUGUUGUCUCAGCAUCCCUCCCCAACCAAGCACUCAUGCCCAGGACCGUUUUCCCCUGCAUAUUCAUCUCCAUCAACCAAAUCCCGGACCUCCCCGGAGAGAUGCUCUUUGGACAGUGUCUCGGAGCCGGUGUUGCCAUCUGAAUACCAUGUGCUGGUAUCUCCCUCUCUUCAUCAGUUUGGAUGGGGCCUCGAGCCCAUUAGAUGAGCUGUCGAGCGACAGAUGAUAGCAAAUUGCAUUUUCAGGCCUUUAUUGAGCGUAAUUGCUUGACAGGAACCAUUCUGAAUAAUUCAAUCCUAGUCUAAGUUAGCUUUAAUUUGAAGACAUGACGAAGCUCUGCAAACUAACCAUCCCCAGUUUGUUUGCUGCUCCUCCGAGUCCCAAUUGCCGGCGUUUGAACUGGUUUAGCAUAAGUAAAUGAAGAUUAGAAACCUAAUUGCAGAUAAGAAGCGAUGUUACUUUAAUUGUAGGGGCAUGUAAGAAGAUGCUUUUAUUUCUUCAAAUUUGCACGCGUGCAUGUGUAUACAGUCUGAAGUGGGCAGGAGCAGGGAGGGGUGAAUCUGGCCUCCAAGUGUACUGACGGAAGGUUGGUCUGGAUGAGUCCCCGGGUGAUGCUUUUGGGGUGUUUGCUGUGCCAUGGAGUCACAUCUCACUCUAAGAUAUUUUGCACAAAGUGGGGAUGAGACCACGUGGGAUGAGCGAGCAUGAGGGUGGCGUGAGCCCUCAUUUGUGCUAAUUGCCUCCUGGUGGUUUGUGGUCUCCUGGGCAUGAUGCUGUAGAACUCAGCGUAGGUGGCUGAGCAUCACCUCAUCGUAAAGGAUGCUCCAUGGCUGCUUGGCCUCUACCUCCUCCACAUCCCACCUCUUCCCACGCUAACACACACUGGCUUCUUCAUCGCCCCCAUCAACAAUGUCCUCUGCUGCCUGUCGUCCCCCAUCCCAACCCUUCCCUGCUGUUUCAUUCCCUCUCCAUCCUCUGUGCGCUCGCACACACGUGCCAUAAAUGUUGCACUAAACCUCAGAGUCUCUCUGAGUUUUCACCGAUGCCUUCGCCCAUGGUGGUCCCAGGGUCUGCGGGAGGGAGCGAACCUCCACUGCUGGAGGUCUCGGCUGCCAGGGGGGCGUGGGGAGGUCUCACCAUGAAAUCACCGGUUCCCAAACGAAGUUCAGAUGGAGCAAGUGCUGUAGAAAUAUACUGUCCUCCUCGCUCGAUGGUUUUGGUUUCUAAGUAGGCAUGAGCUUCCGAAGCGAGCAGUAGCAAGUAGAGUGUGUUGGGAAGAUGAAGGAGGUGGUGCUCAGCACCAGGAGCGGCAAAGUGCUGUAGCCUGAUAGAUGUUGUGUAGGUUUAUGGUGGAAAGUACAACAUCAGUCUUGAAAGACUUACUGUGGCUUUGCUCUCUGUGCCCCAAACCCUCUACUUGCCUGGAAAGUCUCACCUUGGCAUAUUUUCCUGUGGGGUCUCAGCAGCCCUUGGCAGAUGCCAAGGAAAGAAGUGAGCUGAUGAGUGUGCUGGUUUGGUCCUCGUGGGAGCGCGGGACUCUCUGUGGUGGCCUUGGCCGAGUGUUUCUCCCUUGGAUUUUGGGCAUCCAAAAGGAGCUAAGUGCUCCUGGAGCCAACAAAUCUUCCUCCAUCUCCCUCCUUUUUCUCCCCCCUUUUCCCUCACCGUAACGUCUCACAAGCAGAGCCAUUGCACAAUAGUAUCGAUGGAAAAAUAGCUGCCCUGUAUUUAUCAUAAAUUAGCUCAGAAGAGCAGCUCCUUCCCUUCCAUUCAGCACAGCAACGGUUGUUUAUGCAGCCGUGUUAUUUGCAUCAUGCCUUCUUAUUUUUGAAAGUCUUAAUUAUUAAAAAAAAAAAACCCAAUAACCCCAAACCAACAAAUCUUAUCUUUUUUUCUUGUUGUUGUUCUUUGUUUUUUUUGACUCCAGCUUUGUGCGGAGAUGUGGGGUUUUUUUUUUUCCUCAGUUUAAAAAUAUCCAGCCCUUCAGCAGGGAGAGAAUGUAGGAGAAACUCUCCACAAUGCCCUCUAAUAGGAGAUCCGAAGGAGCGAGAAAGUCCAUCCGGUGGCUCAGUUUAGCUGCGUGAGCUAGAGGAGAGACAGGGGUUAUUUCCAGACGUGCUGAGCUGAUUUUAGCACAGUGGUGUUUCGAGCAGCAGCUCGAGACAUAAGGAACCAUCCCCAACCUCAGGGUACAUCCUCGGGUUCUUGCAGCGGAGCAGCCCCAGCGAUGCUGUCCUGGUCCAGUCCUCCAGCUCUCAGCUGCUUCAUCCUUUCGCUCCCCCUCCGAGGCCCCUCCCCAAGCUUCCCAGUCCCUGACCUUGCUGCUGUCUGAGUUUUUAUCCGGCAUUUCAGUGCUCACAGGGAACACCACGCUUGGGGCUGGGUGGUGAAAGCACUGCCAGCGGUGGGGUAGUGGUGCUGCACCGGCCCCAAAGCACGAGAUCCUCCUUUGGCUGCUAAAUCACAUCCCCUGAUCCUGCUGCUUCUUCUAUCCCCCUCUUCUUCCCAAAUUACCGGAUUUGAGCCAUGACUGGGUGGUUCCUGGGAAUGAUGAGCUCAGAAUCCAACCUCAGCAACUUUUAUCCAGUGCUUGACCACGGCAGGAGCCGAGACUAUUAAGUUUUUAAGACACACUGUAGGCAGAAAUGAAUGUCUUGGAGGUGGAGGAGGAGCUGCUCAGCCUUUGCCAGAUGCUGUGGAAGGAUUGGUGCCUCCAGCUUGGUCUCUUUGGCCAUGCUCUGUGGCCAUGCGGUGGUGGUGCUGUGAGAUGCUCUCUGCACCUCCAAGUGCCGCAGGGAGCUCCGGGUCGAGCCCGCUGGCGGUCGGCGCUUUACUGGGCACUUUCGCUUUCCUGCUUCCUUUCUUUGCCAUCUAUUUAUUUCAAUUUAUUUUAAUUAAUUUAUUUUUCUUGCAAAUAGUGGUUUUUUGGGGAAGCUUGGUCAGCUGCAAAAGCCGCCUUUAAUUUCCAGUCCCUGUAAAGUACGCUGUGACAUUUUCUUGUACAUAAGGUAUAUAUAAAUAUAUAUACAUAUCUCUAUAUGUAUGUAUAUAGAUAUAUACAUAUAUAACGAGCUCUAAAUCCUGUACAGUUUCAAACUGAACUCGGUGGCCUGCUUUGUUUUCUCUGUGUUAGUUCUGACUGUUGCAGAAUGAGCUGACUUUCAUUUCCCUUUUCCUCUUCCGCUUUUCUUUUUAUAAAUAUAUACAUAAAUAUAUAUAGAUAUAUUUUGUUGUCGUCGUCGCAAAACUCUCGUCACUGGAAAAGAACAGUUGAUUCUGGUGCAAAGAAAAUAAACAAAAAAAAAAAAAGAGAUAUCACCCACUACCCAACAAAAAGAAAUCGCUGAGAAAGGCACGAUGGAUCUCCCCGAUGUAAAUUUGUACAGUAACAUUUAUAACGUUUUCUACACUUGAAGAAAGUAUUUAUAAUUUCAGCUGUCUGACUGAGUGCGAAUCUCUGUGACCUGCAGAAAUGGAUAGCCAUUUGUUCCCGUGGUUUCUCGUGCAGUGUUUGGUGAGGUGACAGUGUAUGAAU